AUGGAAAAAGACUCUCAAAUCGAAACGUGUUUUAAAGGGAUGAACUUGUGUAUUACCGCACUAGGUGAGAUAUGUUUAAUAAAUUGUUGGCCAUAUACACCUGAACCUUGUUAUUCGAAAGUCUCUUAUGGUUUGAUGAAUAGGUAUGAUGGUUUAGAUUAUAAUCAUUAUCAUGAAGGACAGUACGCUAACGGCACUACGGAAAGUGUAACUUUUUCUCAAGUAAAUACCCAACAUGACUAUAUAGGUUAUGGUUAUGAUGCCUUGGUCAAGAUCUAG